CAAGUAUCGAUAGUAUCGAAUAAUAUGAAAUGCUGGUCACCUUAUCAGCUGUUUUAUAUUUAAUAAUAAACAUCAAUGGAAUCUCAAUUUGAUAACACAGACGAAAACUAUUGGAACCGCUCAUCGAGAGCUGCGUUCAGCUUUGACGAUGAAGAUGACGUUGAUCUUGGAGAUGUCGGCGCCAGAACAAGCACAGGACAGGCCAGUCAGAGCAGCAAAUGGGAUAAUAAUGCAAUUUUUAAUGACGACACCAUUUCUGAGGCCAGCUUUGAUAAUAGCGCCGCGUUGGGUACACUAAAUCAUUUGUCAAUCAAAGCUAUAUUAAGCGAUGAGGCGCUUAAGCUGGUGCUACAGGAACAAGCAGUGGACGACCACGUUAUGCCAAAGGGUGUGACACCUGAGGAGGAGCUUAAGCUGCUGCGACGCCAAAUACAAAGCACGCUGUACAGCCCCAAUCUAGAGCUAACCGCACAAAAACUGCUGCAUGGCAAAGUGGCGCCAUUGGAAAUGUUUAAAUCAUUGCUAGAGAAACGUCAACUAUUAGAUGCAGUGUUGGCAAACGGCGGCGAUGCGAUAAUUGGAGUUCUACUGUUCCUCAAGCGAACCCUGAAUGCUACCCAGUUCCAUGGUAUACUGCAACAGCGACCGAAGGCUUUGGAGCACUAUCUCAGCUAUCUGCGUCAAAGUGGCGAUGUCAGCAGCUAUAUUGAUAUGCUGCAACGUUUCGGGCGUCAUCAGGAAGCAGCUCUCAGACAGUUUCAAGCGGCCAUGGCUUGCAAUGAACUGGCCACGCGAAAACAGCAGCUGCAGCGACUAAUCGAUGCAUAUGCGAGCGCAGGAGUGGGCAUAAUACCAUUAUAUGAGCAGGUUUUUCAUUCAGCAUUAAAGCUGCAGCUGGUCAGGGAGAAGGAUGCUCUUGGUGAUCUUAGCCAGCGGCUCGGCGAUGAGCCCACCCCCAUUGAGCUGCUGUAUGUGUGCUGUUCACAAAACAAGAAUUGGAAAGAACAGGACAUGCUUAAGAUUAGCUCACCCCAGCGCUUUGCUGCCGAUCAGGAAAUCUCGCCGGCACAGUACGAAUGGACGGCUUUAAAUGAGCGUGCCCAAGCACAGGCCUAUGCGGACUUGGAGUGCAUCUUUGAGCGCGUGUCCGGUUGGCAUCCCCUCAAAUCGAAGCAGUUCCACAUCAGCUUCGAUUUGACCCUAGCCGUACAACGUCUCUUUGAGCUGAAAGCGCCCGCCACAGUGCUGCAGCUAUUUCUAUCCAAGAUGAGCAACAGCCCCGAGAAGCUGGUGCUGGCGCAACGUGUCAAAUGUAUUAAGGCAGUCAUCGAUGCAAUGGUCAGUCUCAAGCAGCAACAGGAAUUGCAGCAGUUAAAGCAAACGCUACCCGACCGAUCCGAGGAGCAGUUUUACUGUGAGAACGCGCUCAAAUCUCUACAAAGCAAACGCUGGACUACGGACAACAUCAAACUGAAGCUUUAGCGAGCUGCCAACAAACUUUGUAU